AUGGUGAAGGACAAGCCUAAUUCGAUUCGGAUUUACGAUGACGAGGGGUUUAAGCGUCGCGCGGCGUGCAUCUGCGUUCGUUCGGACGCUGAAACCGAGGUGCUUCUAGUGACAUCGUCGGGACGGCCGGACCACUGGGUCGUGCCCGGCGGCGGCGUCGAGCCCGGAGAAGAACCCUCAGUGACCGCAAUUCGCGAGGUACUCGAGGAGGCCGGUGCCAUCGGCAAACUGGGAAGGUGUCUCGGAGUAUUCGAGGAUAGAGAGGGCAAACACCGAACACUUGUGUACGUGCUGACGGUGACCCGAGAGCUGGCGGAGUGGCAGGAAUCGCGGUUGAUGGGUCGCAAGCGGCAGUGGUUCUCUUUAGAGGAUGCGAUGGCGCAGCUCGCGCGUUACAAGCCCAACCAGCGUCACUACAUACUGCAGCUCCGCCGCUCUAAGCAGAGCACGCCUGACGAGUUCAGCAGCAAGGCUCGCGCCCAACUGAAUCGAGCCGCAUCAGCGCGCUGA